AUGUCUUGGGACCGGUAUGAACUCGGCCAGAAGAACAUCUUCUACGAUGAAGACACCCACCCAUUCAGCAUAGUCGUGCCUCCUCACGUAGGCCGCGUGCGAAGGUCCAUGCUCGACUUUUCAUGUCCAAUCCGUGGCCACAAAGACUUAUUCGACCCUAUUUCCAGUGAUGGACAAUUCAAGCGCCCACUUGACGGGUCAGACAUAGAUCCUGCUUUGAAAGCCGCCAACAAUGCUAUGAGUAAAGCUAGAAGCAUAGUCAAUGGCGGGUAUCUGGAAAAGAAAUGGGAGAGCUUUUUCGAGACACAUUUCUUUGAGCCUCUCAGCGAGAGUCUUUCGGUAUCCAAAGAAGACCCUCGACGUGUCUCUCGCUAUAAAUACUACUACGACGACGUGAAGAGAGAAACCAACGAGUUAUGGGACCUGUUCAAGGGGAACAGCACCCCUGGGCUUGGGGCUUUUGAGAGCCUCAAAUGCCCAAAGCCAGACCAGGCAUUCUAUCUGCCCAUGUACCGCCCUCAUUUCAAGGCCGGAAUUCCGACGGUAGUAGAUCCCGAGGCUCGCCAAUGGAACCGCCAUCAAGAAGCAUCCAUCAUGGAGCCCUUUUCAUGGUCAACUUUGGAGAAGUUGCAUGAGUUUGGCCUGCAACCAACCCCCUUUCGCAUUUUUCACAAACCACCUAUGGAGGCCAAUCUCAAAUGCUACCCUUGGCUCAUUGUCGAACACAAAAAGGAGGAAGAGCCAGAAGGACCAUCAGGGAGGGUUGUGUGUUGCCAGGCCGCCAAUGCCGCGGCGUGCGCCGUCAGACUGGUCCAGGAUUCAGCACAGUACGCCGUUGAGCUUCCGGAUUACGGGCAUAUCCCCCCAAUCCCAGCAGUGACGACCAUUGGGCCCCGCGUUACGGUCUGGCUCAUGUAUUUUGCUGAGAAGUUUGAUGCCCCUUGCAGUGGUAGGGACAAGCAAGAGGUGACGAGCAGACUCCGUAACAAGGGCUACAUCAUGCGAGCCAUUUGGAACGGCGACAUGACGAAAGGUGCCGACGUUGUACGGUUUCAAAUCAUCCUGGAGAACACGCACACCUGGGCUGUGCGAGCCUUCAAACCUUUGAUAUCCUCAUACAUUGAACAAUGGGGUUAUGUACACUGCAGGUCAGAUGAAGUUUCUUCAAGUCCAUGGAGCCAGGUAAAGCUUCGUCGUCAGAAGAACAUCGAACGACGCCAAACAGUUCUCCCUAUUGUCCAGGCCUUACUGAAGGAUCACGCCACUAUGGAGCUUGACGACACGGCCCAUCAGAAAGUGACACCGUUGCUCUUAGGCUUGCUUAUGCACCAUAUCUGCUCGUCGGAGAGAGAAUUUCUGUCCAACGAAGUCGAUCGAGUUGUCAAGGAGAAGUUGGCGGCUCUCAAUCUGACACAGGAGAUGCCUACCACCAGUCACGCGCAAGACAAUGCAACCCAGGUAUCCGUCGAGGCCGACCUUGAACAGACAAGCCCCAUAACUCAGGAGCCGCUGAACGACAACGAUGACCCGAAUGAUUCUGACUACAGGCCGCCAUGGACUACCUCGGCCCAUGGCAACCCUGACAAAGCACCUACUGCUGCUGAGGCUUCUGACACUGAGGCUUCGGUUGCUCAGUCUUCGGACCAUGAGUACUCUGACCCGACACUCUUGUGGCAUGCUGAGACUUUCAUGGCAACGCCACAGUCAAGAUCUUCGAGGGAAGGCCGUCCUAGCUUCCACAGUCGUGACUCGGCGCCGCUCUCAGGGAGCACAGUCACUGGGUCAGCUGAGACCACACCGACGCCAAACAUAUCCAGGGGCCGAAUCAGCUCCAGCUCGCCAUGCCAUAGGUCAAGUUCGCCACGGCUGUCACAAGUCGACGAGGCACCUUCUGGGUCACCUGUGUUUUCCGGUAAGCCGGUACCGGAGCAGCGUACAUGGCCACCUGGAAUACAGUUCGGCCAAGCAGAGUCUCCAGGAUCUUCCAGCACCCAGCGAAAUCCGACGGAGAAAAGUGUAUCUGAUUUCAAGACCAGGCUUGGCUACUCAGUUAUUGCAGACAGCCAGGACUCGUCCGACGUUUUUUGA